AUGGGUCAGGAGACCGCCGACAACUUCCACUCGUCCACCGUGGCCGCCGCCUGCGGCGGCAUCACGACGAUCUGCGACUACGCCUUCCCGGAGCCCGGCCAGUCACUCCAGGACGCCCUCGUCCGCUGGAACCAGCGCGGCGAGAAGUCGGUAAUCGACUUCGGCCUUCACCCGACGAUCUUCCAGCCCGGCGAGCAUACGCUCAGCGAGAUGCGGGACUGCGUCGCCGACGGCUAUACCAGCUUCAAGAUCUUCAUGAUCGGCUUCUCCGAGUUCGACAAGUAUGCGCCCCAGUACCUGCGCUGCAUGGAGGAGGCCGGCAAGCUCGGCGCGAUGGUCAACAUCCAUUGCGAGGACCAGUGCUGCAUCUCCUACAUGACCCAGAAGCUGGAGGAGGAGAACAACUCCAACGUCCGCACCUUCCCCGAUUCCAGGCCGCGCAUCUCGGAGGGGCUGGCCGCGCGCCGCGCGCUCUGGAUGGCCCACAUGGCCGAUGUGCCCGCCUAUCUCGUCCACCUCUCGUGCCAGGAGGGGCUGGAUGCGCUGAACGACGCGCGCGGCCGAGGCCAGACCUGCUACGGCGAGACCCGGCCGAUCUACCUCCACCUCUCGCGCGAGCGCUUCAACGAGGAGGUCGACCCCGAGCGCUACGUCGGCUGGCCGCCGCUGCGCGAGGCCGACCAGAUGGAGGUGAUGUGGCAGGCGCUGGACAGCGGCGUGCUCCAGACGGUCGCCACCGACCAUGUCGGCUGGAACAUGAAGCAGAAGAAGGCCAGCGUCACCGUGGACGAGCUGCUGCCCGGCAUGUCGAACCUGGAGACGGUGCUGCCCAUGCUCUAUUCCGAGGGCGUGCGCACGGGCCGGCUCUCGCCCAACCGCUUCGUCGACGUGAGCGCCACCAAGCCGGCCAAGCUCAUGGGCAUGUAUCCGCAGAAGGGGACGAUCGCGGUGGGCUCCGACGCCGACAUCAUGGUGUUCGACACGGAGAAGCCCGUCACCAUCCGCCAGAGCGACAUGCACUCCAAUCAGGACUGGGAGCUGCACGAGGGCUUCGAGGUCACCGGCUGGCCGACCAUGACGAUCUCCCGCGGCGACAUCAUCGUCGAGAACGGCAAGGUUCUUGCCGAGCCCGGCCGUGGCAAGCUGGUCAAGCGCCGCACCUAUACGUCAUAG